GCAUAUCCGAGCGGCCUGGAGCUCGGCGGGCCGGAACCCACGAGUUGGGGCUCCCCAGCCACACCCCUCGUAGGAUUUUAAAGGGGAAGGAGGGGCCGGACGGGCCAAAGCCCGGGCCCUGGGAGCGGGUAUGAGGCGCUGCCCGUGCCGGGGGAGCCUGAGCGAGGCGGAGGCCGGCGCACUGCCAGCCGAGGCCCGCAUGGGGCUGGAGGCGCUGCGAGGUGGGCGGCGGCGACAGCCUGGACUACAACGACCUGGACCGGGAGCAGGUGGCCCGACGGGACGGCCGGAGGGGGGCGGUCCCCGGGCCUGGAUCGAGGAGUCCAGCCUCCACUCCGAGGCGGAGAGGACCGACCUCGAGCCUGCGCCGUGUCCGAACGGUCCACAGGCAGAAUCCUGUGGAGAUGGACACGCGGAGUGCGAAGCAGCUGGCCUAGUAGUUGCGUCGGAGAAGCCCAGGCAAAAUAAGGAGCUAGACGGGUCCAACCUCCAGACACAUCCAAGAAGGAACAGCCCCCUGGUUGAGAUGGAGAUGGCCGGUUCCUGGACAGAUGGCUUUCGAACUGAUCUUCACAGAUCUGACCUCCAGUCUCGGCCAAAGAGAGCCAGCCUCUGUACCCAACCAGGGUUUGAUGAGUCCUGGACCGAACUGGACAGAUCCGAUAUGUGGCAGACUCUGCCAGAGAGGGACAACAAGCCCAGGGUUGAUAACCUUAGGACCCACCAUGGCGUGUCCAAACUCCAAACUCACCCAGUCUGCCUCUCACCAGAAUCAAGUGCUGAUAACUCCGGCAAAGAAUUGUCCGCGGAUGCUUCCAGGACUCCACAUGACACCGACGGCUUCUGGAUAGAGUCCCAAACUGAUGACUCUCUCAAAGGACCUAGUACUCAGACAGCCUGCAGACAACCUGGGAGUGAUGGUUUUUCCUCAAAAGACACUGAGAGUGCCUUGACUCAACCUGGCACUGAUGGCCUCCGGGAUGACAGCGUUUUGGGGGAGUCCAAUGGAAAUGAUCCAUUAGAUUUAUCAGAGCCUGGAGAGUUGGUGACUAACCUGUGCUCCCACCUGGAGUGCAGCUCCCUGUGUCCUGUGCCCCGCCUUAUCAUCACCCCAGAGACUCCUGAACCUGAGGCCCAGCCGGUGGGACCCCAAUCCCGGAUUGAGGGGGGCACUGGCGGCUUCUCUUCUGCCUCCUCUUUUGAUGAAUCUGAGGAUGACUUGGUAGCCGGGGGCGGAGGUACCAGCGAUCCUGAGGACAGAGCUGGAAGCAAGCCCUGGAAGAAGCUGAAGACAGUUCUGAAGUACUCGCCCUUCGUGGUCUCCUUCCAUAAGCACUACUAUCCCUGGGUCCAGCUUUCCGGACACGCUGGGAACUUCCAGGCCGGUGAGGAUGGUCGGAUUCUGAAACGUUUCUGUCAGUGUGAGCAGCGCAGCCUGGAGCUGCUGAUGGGAGACCCCCUGCGGCCUUUUGUGCCUGCUUAUUAUGGCAUGGUGCAGCGGGAUGGCCAGGCCUUCAACCAGAUGGAAGAUCUCCUGGCAGACUUUGAGGGCCCCUCUAUCAUGGACUGCAAGAUGGGCAGCAGGACCUACCUGGAAGAGGAGCUGGUGAAGGCCAGGGAACGACCCAAGCCCCGGAAGGAUAUGUAUGAGAAGAUGGUGGCAGUGGACCCCGGGGCUCCCACCCCAGAAGAGCAUGCUCAGGGUGCCAUCACGAAGCCCCGAUACAUGCAGUGGAGGGAGACCCUGAGUUCAACUUCCACGCUGGGCUUCCGGAUUGAAGGCAUCAAGAAGGCUGAUGGGACCUGCAACACCAACUUCAAGAAGACACAGGCUCUGGAGCAGGUGACAAAGGUGUUAGAAGACUUUGUGAAUGGGGACCUUGGAAUCCUAAGAAAGUACGUGGCGCGACUGGAAGACCUCCGAGAGACUCUGGAAAAUUCUCCCUUCUUCAAGACCCACGAGGUAGUGGGCAGUUCCCUUCUCUUUGUGCAUGACCACACUGGCCUGGCCAAGGUCUGGAUGAUUGACUUCGGCAAGACAGUGGCCCUGCCUGACCACCAGAUGCUCAGUCACAGGCUGCCUUGGACAGAGGGCAACCGUGAGGACGGCUACCUCUGGGGUCUGGACAAUUUGAUCUGCCUCCUUCAGGGGCUGGCCCAGAGCUGACGUCAUCUGCCACUGCUAGGCUCACUUGCAGGAUAGCAUGUGUCUGGCUAGAAGAGUCCUAAGAUGUUGUCUGGGGGAAGAUGAGGUGCUUCAAAGUGUCACCAGAUCAGUGAGGCUUGAGGGGCUUGAGGGUCCCUGGCAGCACGGGGCAUCCUGACCAGCUAGGAAAGCCUCUAAGGGAGUACCAGAGGCCACAGCUGAAGAAUCAACUCUUCCCUGAGUCAGCUCUUUGAGCCUAGAGCCAAAGGGUUGGCUUUUGCUUCCCAGAGGACCAGGCAUCAUUUGUGAAGACCUGCAGGAGCUACUUGUCCACCUGGGCCAGUAAGAUCCCCAUCCUGGUGCUGAGAGGAGGAUGUCUUCCUGGGACGCUUGCUGAUGCUACCUGAGGCCUAGUGCUUCUGCACAGGGCCAGCUUGCCCUCCUCCCUGCCAGGGCGGGGAAGGAUCCCUUCUGUUCCUUGUGGACUCCGAGCUACUGCAGACCCAGGCCACAGCCAUACCCAUCUGUACCAGCACUGUGACCAUCCAUCUUCCUUCCUUGGUGCACCAGCUCCAGCCUCAGGACUUCCUCCUCCUGGCCCUGACAGCCCAGCUCUUGUCCCAGCAGAAUCCAGUGACAGGAAGGAGUUUCUGAGGCAGGGGAGGAGGCUUCUCCAUGGGAACCAGACAGCCUUGCUUCACUGUAUAAGUGCCCUGAUCACACGCAGAAUGAAGUGCCAGGUUGCUCAGAAGCACAAAGGGUGUGGCUACUGGCCCUAACCAUGGACUACGUGGUUCUAACCAAAGACUCUAGAACUCUGGGGUGGGGGAGAAACAAUGUGUUCUGUGCUCCAGAACCUCGGCUUCCUGGCCCAUAUGGAUGGGCUUGGCAAGGAACCUACCUCUUCUCUAAGGUGAAGCCCUAAGGUCUGCCAAGGCUGACACGUCUUCCUUUUCUACUGACAGACUUUAUAUAUAUAUAUUUAUAUACGUGGUAGUUACCUGGGGUGGUGGUGUCAGGGAAUUGAGGCAAAAUGACUUUACUGUACCUCCGGCCUACAGUGGCACCCCAAUAAACAGGACAAAAUCAACA